AUGGCAUCACAAAAUAUUAAGUACAUUGUCACUGAGAAGGGCGCCCCCCUGAAAGAGAAAGUCACACCAAUACCAACUGACAUCGGUCCUAAUGAGGUAUUAAUUCGCCUCAAAGCAAUUGCAGUUAAUCCCGCGGAUGUCAAAAUGGCAUACCAGGGUCAUAGAGUGACCUCAUGGCCGCUUGUGCCGGGUUUCGAUGGCUCUGGUAUCGUCGACGCGGUUGGAGAUCAAGUUAGGAACUUCUCUAUAAGAGACGAAGUGUUGGCCAAUUUCAUACCCGGAGAUCGUGCCGCAUCAUUUCAGAACUUCGCAGUGGUUCAAGAGGAAUCAGUGGCUAAGAAGCCGAUUACGUGGUCGUUUGAGGAGGCAGCGACUUUAGGCGUCUGCUACUACACGGCCUUAGCAGGGCUUGGAAUUGGCUUAAAGACUCCAUUGCCGUUCCUUAAGGAUGGUCCAGCCACCGGGUUUGUUCCCUCCUCGGCUCUAGUUCUUGGGGGUAGCUCUGCUCUUGGCGCCGCCACAAUCCAGCUGCUCCGUCUUGCGCUGCCGGAUUGCACUGUGCUGACGACAAGUUCGCCAAAACAUCACAGCCGUCUUACCAAUACUCUCGGCGCCCAUAGAGCCUUUGAUCGAACUUCAACGACAUUGGUUGCUGAUGUGAAAGAGGCCAGCCCGGCGUCUCGCGGUGUUGACGCCAUUAUCGACACUGUUGGCGCUGGAGCCACUGAGAAACACGUUUUUGAGACAUUUGACCCCCAAGGCCCUAAGAAAUAUGCACAGGUUUGGACCGGUGACGACGAAAUCAAGGUUCCUAGUGGCGUGGACAGCGUAUUAUUCAGGAGCCGAGACCUAUCCCAGAUACAGGGGGUUGAAAAUAUGAUGGGAUCCCUGCAAAAUUUACUGGAAGAAGGGAAGUACAAACUGCCACUCCCGGUCCAUAUAGUGGGUGGCGGGCUUGGUGCACUGCAAAUGGGUUUGGAGAAGAUGCUCAAGGGCGUAAGCGGAGAGAAAUUGGUACUUGUGGUAUAG